AUGUUAAAUCAAAUCCCAAUCGAAUUUAAUUCAGACUUAGACGAAUUUCAUCAGUGUAAUCCAAGCAAAAGUGAUUCCACAGCAACCCCAAGUCUAUUCGAUAACACUAUUUCAUCUAAAGUCCUUUGUUCUUAACUUUUUGAGGAUCAUCUCAAUUAAGAUGGUAGAAUAAUAAUAAUCUUAUACAAGAUGAUGAAUUCGAAUCUUUGAAUAAGCAACUCUAGGGUGUUUUACUGACUGACAAUUAUCGACCCUAAUUGAUCCAAGCUUUCUAGACAGACAUGUAGACGUUAUCAAAUUUAAAAAUCUUAGGUCCUCAUAUUUGAGCCACGAAAAGCUCACAAAGAAUUCAAGGAGAAUGUAAUAAGAAUACGAGUAAGCCAAUAAUAAAGAAAGGGAAUAUGUCUUUAACACUUAUAUAAAAAAUAACAUUAUAAAUCUCAGUUUAGACAAGUAUUAGCAUUACAUAUUGGAGAAAAUAAUAGAAAUAGGUAUCGAUUAAUAUCAUGAUAAGGACCAAUUAAUUUUAGAAACAUUAUCUUAGAUUAAAUGUUUGCUUUCAUCAAGAAAUUAGUCACUGAUCUUCAUGCUUGCAAGGUUAUUUAGAAGGGAUUUGAGAUUAUGUCCUUGUAUUCAACAGAAUCUAGAUCUCAAUAUUAAAAAUAUAUCAAUUUCAUUCUGGAGGAGAACAAUUUUACAAGACGAUUAUACACAGAUAAAAUUGGAAAUCAAUUAUAUUAAAAAAGUUUAGACGUUUUCGAAGAACACAAUUUAGACUAACUUUUAAGAAUCUUUGAUAAAUAUGUAAAUUAAUUAAUAAUUACUAGAUUUUAAAUCAAAAUGAAUAUUCUUUAGAAUUAUCAACUGAUUAAUAUGGCUGUUUGCUUGUUAAUAAAAUUAUCGAUAUUUUUCCCAAAUUGAUUGAUUAAAAUACAAAAUCGAAGGCUAAUUAAAUAAUUAUGAGAACCAUACAAAACUCCUCAUGUCUCAUAAGAAGAUAAUAUGCUAAUUACAUCAUUCAGUAAAUUUUGGAGAGAGGUUAAGAAAUUCACAAAAGAAUCUUAUUAGAUGAUUUCCUAAUUAAGGACUUUGUGUCCAUGUCAAUGGAUAAGUAUGGUAGUAAUGUGGCAGAAAAGGCAAUAGUCUAUGCUGGAUAAUAAUGGAGAUAGAAGUUAUGGGAAGAAGAGGUUUCGGUUUCAGAAAGGUAUAACAUAUACUUAAUAUUCAUAGUUCAUUUCGAAAAUUGGUUAAUGAUCAAUAUGCUAAUUAUCCUAUAUAAAGACUCUAUGAAUAUUUAUCCAUUGAAUAUAGAAAUGAAUUUAUAGCAUUACUGAACAGAUUGCAUGAUAGUCAUUUUCUCAAUCACCAUGGCUAGAUAGUAUUAAAGUUUUCUCUAUCGAAUUACAAUGUCAAAAGGUUUGCUUAAAAGGUCAAUUCGAAUGAAACUACUAAACCUACCAAAUUAUAAGAAAAGAAUAAAUAGCUUUAAUAAAUAUAUGAAUAAAAAUAAAAAAUGAAUUCAAAUUAAAUGCAAUAUCAAUAAUAUUUGUAGUAAUAACAGCUGAUGGCAUAAUAAAAUUAAUGGUUUUCAUAAUAAUAAUAAUAAUAAUAGUAAUAAUUUAAAUCUCCUAUUGAAUUUCAAUAAUACUAAGCAAUGCUUUUAUAAUAAACUAUGAUGAUGUAUUAAUUGCAAUAGUAGAUCAUUUCUCCUUAAUUGUAAUAGUCAUCCUAGCAUUAAUAGUAGUAGUUUGCUUUUUAAAAAUCUUUGUAGCCUCAAGAUUAAGGAAAUUAAUAAGCACAAAACUAUUAUUAUUAAUUAUAAUGCUUUCAAUAAAUGAAUUAGAAUCAAUAAGAAUGA